CUUUACCCACUCCAGACAAGCCAAACCUUCAGCCUGCACCGGUCACCACUACAUCUCCACGAUACAUCAUGCAACAGCUACAGAUUCUUGGACUUUUAAGUGUUUUUCUGCUGGCGUGGGAUCCCAGCCAAUGCAGUUCAAUCCCAGCUCAGUGUGUGGAGCACACCUACUGCUCAUCCACACUGAAAGAAUAUCACACACAACUGAUCAACCUACCAAGCAGAAUCAAUGAGAGAAGUGUUUCUGCAUGGAGCUAUGUAGAGAAUAUUGACCUGGAUCGUGUGCCACAGAUCAUCUAUGAAGCCAAAUGCCUUAACAAUCACUUCUGUAAGGGCAUCGAAGACUCCUCAAGUCUGGAGAGCAUCCCCAUCGCAAUCAGAAUGCCAUUUCUCCGAAAAAACCCAAGAUGUCCGACUUACGCACUGGAAUUUGAGGAUGUCAACAUUGCCUGUAUAUGUGCAACAUCCCGACAGAACUAAAGCCAAGCCUAAGAUCUACUAGAUUUAUAAUUAAUUGUCAGUAUAACAUGUCAUGUUUGUGUUAAAGUUUGUCUACCACAAAGAAGUCAACAAGAGAGAAAUUAUGCUUAAAAACAUAUAAUCACAAAGCAGAUGCUACAGGAACAAAUAUGGAUGUCUUAAGUUGCCCAAUGCUUGUCUCUGUGAAAUA